AUCUGGAGAUCAACAACCUACUAUCCGUCUCCGUCUCUGUCUCUGUCUCUAUGAUCACGCUACGAGACUUCUUGGAAGACACAUGGUAGCUAGCAUCUAGCGAAGAUAAAAGAAUUCGAAGACGCGGAUGGCAACCGCAGUUUGCUGCCGAGGCUGCGUCCAGGCAAGACCCGAUUCGCCAAGCAAAACACGGUCCUCCACCGGCUGAAUAGAUCCGACCGGGCCUGGAAAUUCCGGGUCCUCGUUGAUGGGAAGUUCACGGGUAUAGAGAUGGAUCCCCAGGUCGUAAUGACAUGUGUUCGUAUCGUGUUCAGUAUUGAAGGAGGUGUGCUCUGCGUUAAGGGAAUACAUGAGAGGCGCGCCGACGCCUUCUUCCGACUAAGGUUUUUUGGGUGCAUGCGAAACUUUUUCUGGGAUCGUAGAGGACAACCUGAAUCAAUCUAUCCACCUCACACACAAAUGCCUACAAAUAUGAGGAAUGAAGAAGGCCAUUGUCAUCAGCAUUUGCCUCCAUAUGUUGGAUUGCAGAAUAGAGGCGAAGAAGAUGGAAGAAAAUGCUCAUCCAGCGGUGCAGAGGAAGAUGUAAAUGAAUGCUCAACAAGUGAGGCAGAAGCAGAGGAAAUUGUCCGAUCAUCGGUCUCCGAUUCUCCGGCUGAGGCUAAUAAUAAAAUUGUAGGGGACAACCUAAAAGAGAGGACGAAGAAUGCCAAUGCGCAUUUGGACCCGCCAAUAAAAUCAAGAGGGCGGAUAGGUAAUACCCCUCGGCCUCGGUCUCAGCCUCAACCUCAGCCUCGGCCUCGGCCUCCAAUCCAUGAUGAGCCAUCAUCCAACAAUGUGCUUGAGAAGGAUAGUUUUGUCCACGGUAUGCUACUUGUAUUCGCAUUAAUAUUUUUUAUAUGGUUGAGGUUCUUUUGAUGUGCUAUCAAAAAUUAUGCUACUACUAUAUUUGCAAGGUGUGCGCGUGGAACAAAUAAAUUUUGGCAUAUUGCUAUAAUGUGCAAGUGUAAUGUAUUGACUUUAUUUAUUUAGCUUUUCAUUUUUGU